AUGCUGAGCCUGCUGGUGCUAGUACUGCCCCUCCUGCUGAGCCUGGUCCACCUGGCCCCUGCCCCAAGCCAAGCCCUGGAGAGAAUGGGCAUCGUAGGGGGGCAGGAGGCCCCUGGGAGCAUGUGGCCCUGGCAGGUGAGCCUGAGAACCAGAACACCGCCCUGGACGUACUGGAUGCACUUCUGCGGGGGCUCCCUCAUCCACCCCCAGUGGGUGCUGACUGCUGCGCACUGCAUAGGACCGGACAUCAAAGAUCCUGCAUUCCUGAGGGUGCAGCUGCGGGAGCAACACCUCUAUUACCAGGAUAAUCUGCUGCCCAUCAACCGGAUCAUCCCGCAUCCCAAGUUCUAUAGCAUCAAGGAGGGGUUUGACAUCGCCCUGCUGGAGCUCCAGGAUCCUGUGAACAUCUCCUGCAAGGUCCAGCUGAUCACUCUGCCCCCUGCCUCGGAGACCUUCCCCCCGGGGACCCAGUGCUGGGUGACAGGCUGGGGUGAUGUGGACAAUGGAGAAUCCCUACCACCGCCAUUCCCCCUGAAGCAGGCAAAGGUGCCCAUUGUAGACAACAGCAUCUGUGACAGCAAAUACCACAUGGGCCUGUACACCGGGGACAAUGUCCGGAUUGUCCAGGAAGACAUGAUAUGUGCUGGGAACGAGAAGCAUGACUCCUGCCAGGGUGACUCUGGAGGGCCCCUGGUCUGCAAGGUCAAUGGCACCUGGCUGCAGGCAGGUGUGGUCAGUCCUGUCCUGAGGGUACUUCCUGCCCCAGCCCCAAGCCAAGCCCUGGAGAGAAUGGGCAUCGUAGGGGGGCAGGAGGCCCCUGGGAGCAUGUGGCCCUGGCAGGUGAGCCUGAGAACCAGAACACCGCCCUGGACGUACUGGAUGCACUUCUGCGGGGGCUCCCUCAUCCACCCCCAGUGGGUGCUGACUGCUGCGCACUGCAUAGGACCGGACAUCAAAGAUCCUGCAUUCCUGAGGGUGCAGCUGCGGGAGCAACACCUCUAUUACCAGGAUAAUCUGCUGCCCAUCAACCGGAUCAUCCCGCAUCCCAAGUUCUAUGGCAUCCAGGAGGGGUUUGACAUCGCCCUGCUGGAGCUCCAGGAUCCUGUGAACAUCUCCUGCAAGGUCCAGCUGAUCACUCUGCCCCCUGCCUCGGAGACCUUCCCCCCGGGGACCCAGUGCUGGGUGACAGGCUGGGGUGAUGUGGACAAUGGAGUGCCUCUCCCACCGCCAUUCCCCCUGAAGCAGGCAAAGGUGCCCAUUGUAGACAACAGCAUCUGUGACAGCAAAUACCACAUGGGCCUGUACACCGGGGACAAUGUCCGGAUUGUCCGGGAAGACAUGAUAUGUGCUGGGAACGAGAAGCAUGACUCCUGCCAGGGUGACUCUGGAGGGCCCCUGGUCUGCAAGGUCAAUGGCACCUGGCUGCAGGCAGGUGUGGUCAGCUGGGAUGACACCUGUGCCCAGCCCAACAGACCCGGCAUCUACACCCGUGUCACCUACUACCUGGACUGGAUCCACCAGUACGUCCCCAAGGGCCCCUGA